CUGGUCGAAUACGAUCGUCGGAGACAAAUCUGCAGCCGUGCCAAACCUGAUCCUGCCCACCCAAUUUGCCACCUCUGAGGUGCCAGUCGUGCCAGCAUUAAUCCACUAAUGGUCAUCCUGAUUCUGAACUAGUUUGCUUGGUUGAAGAUCGAGUUUUUAUCUGUUCCCAGUGCUUCAUUUUCACGGCACAAGCUGACAUCAUGUGGCUCUUGACUUUUGCAUCACUAUUCUUUGUAUGGUUUGCAUCUUUGAUAGCAUACUUCCCCAGGAAACCUGCGUUUCUGAUUAGUGGCGAAAAUGCUAACAAGCGCAAUGUCUUGCUGGUUAUAGCCCACCCUGACGACGAGUCCAUGUUUUUCUCGCCAACAAUAAGUUAUCUCACUUCAAGGGGACAUAACCUUCAUAUUUUAUGCUUGUCAGUUGGUGACGCUGAUGGCAAAGGAAAUAUAAGAAAAGAAGAGCUUUACGAAGCUUGUGUGACUCUCAAGGUUCCACGCCAACAAGUUAAAGUCGUGGACCAUCCAGAUUUGCAGGAUGGGUUUGGCAACAAAUGGAAUCACAACUUAUUAUCCAAGAUCAUAGAACAGGAAGUUCUUGAUUGUGGCAUUCAUGUGGUUAUCACUUUUGAUGACUAUGGUAUUUCGGGCCAUUGCAACCAUCGUGAUGUGCAUUAUGGGGUUCGGAAGCUCCUUCAAGAGACGGCGCGAAGAGAUAUUGAGGCCUGGGAACUUUUAAGUACCAACCUCUUACGCAAGUAUAGUGGACCAGUUGAUUUUUGGAUAUCCAUGUUGUUUGCCUCGCGUAGCCCCACUGGGACGGUGCAUUGCUUAAUGAAUGAGAAUCCUCGCAGGAGCUUCAUUGCUAUGUCGCAACACUCGAGUCAAUGGGUUUGGUUUCGCAAGCUUUUCGUUUCCUUCUCUAGCUACACAUACGUGAACACGCUAAGAAGCAUCGACAGAUCGGAGCAAGUGCAACGAAAGGGCAACCAUCAAGAGCUGUAGCAUUGUAUUUUCAAAUGUUUUAGGCAUUUUGCUGAUGCUGAGGUUCUCCGAAC